AUGCAGAAGCUUAAUACACAUGACAGUGAGGUGAUGCUGGAGCGUUCUAAUCAGGACGUGAACAAGCUGUGCUAUGUAUGGAGCUUCCCGAGUAGCAGAUGGGGUUCCUGCGCAGUCUGGUUCCCCCUCUUUCCUAAGCAUGCUGCACAGACUCCAGGCAGAGUUGGAUCCCAGAGCUCAGAUUCGGAUUCUUCUGCAACACCUGGAAAUGCAGUGGAUGUGAACAAUGAAAGCUCGUCAGAGGGCUUUAUUUGUCCUCUGUGUAUGAAAUCUCAUGGAUCUGCUGAAGAACUCUUCAAGCAUUAUGAAGCAGUUCAUGAAUCUGGCAUUGAUUCAAGCCAUGGAGGAGAAGGUCAUCCAUCACCCAAAAGAGAUGAAAUAUCACUACUCAGACAAGAAAUCCAAGACUUGCAAACUUCACUUAAGGAGGAAAGGUGGUACUCAGAAGAACUGAAGAAGGAACUGGAAAAGGUGCAAGGGCAGCAGCAGCAAGAGUCUAAGCCUGAUGGUUUGACACCUGCAUCUACAGAACUUGAAUCAUUAGAACGGCAACUAGAAGAGAUCCAAGUAGAAAAUUUUAAUAUUAAGCAAAUGAAAGACCUGUUUGAACAGAAAGCAGCUCAACUGGCUACUGAAAUUGUGGAUCUUAAGGCCAAGUAUGAUGAAGAAAUGAGUCUUCGAGAAGGUGCUGAGCAGAAAGUGAUGAAUUUGACACAAGAAUUGCAGAGAGAGAGAGCUGUAAUAGAGGACCUGAAGACCGAACUGCUGCAAAGGCCUGGUCAAGAGGAUGUAGCUGUUCUAAAGAAGGAGCUGGUUCAAGUUCAGACGCUGAUGGACAAGAUGACUUUGGAACGUGAGAGAGAAUCUGAAAAGCUGAAAGAUGAGUGCAAACACUUGCAGGAAGAAUAUGUUAAUUCAGAGGCCACCAUAAAUCAGUUGAGAGCUGAGCUUGCCAAAGGUCCUCAGGAGGUUGCUGUGUACGUGCAGGAACUACAAAAACUACAAAGCUCGGUUAAUGAACUAGAACAGAAAAAACAGAGUCUGACAGAAAAGCUUCUGAAGAAAGAACUGGAUUACACUGAAUUAGAAGAAAGGCACAGUGAAGUAUCCAUGAGUAAAAAGAAUAUACAGGCAAGCCUACAUCAAAAGGACCUGGACUGCCAGCAGCUUCAAGCAAGGUUGUCUGCAUCUGAAGCUUCAUUGCAGCGGUUACAGACAGAACUGGGUGAGAAGGGAGAAGCAAGCCAGAAACUUAAGGAAGAACUGUCAGAAAUAGAGACUAAGUACCAGCAUCUCAAAGCAGAGUUUAAACAGCUGCAGCAACAGAGGGAAGAAAAAGAACAACAUAGUCUACAACUCCAAAGUGAGCUCAGUCAAUUGCACAAUAAACUUCUGGAAACAGAGCGCCAGCUAGGCGAAGCACAUGGUAGGCUUAAAGAACAGAGGCAGUUGUCUAGUGAAAAACUGAUGGAUAAAGAACAGCAGGUGGCUGAUCUGCAGUUAAAACUAUCCCGUGCUGAAGAACAGCUAAAGGAAAAAGCAGCAAAUUUCACCGAAUUGCAGCAUCAGUUAGAUAAAGCCAAGCAACAACAUCAGGAGCAACAGACUCUUCAGCAAAAUACUACAGCAAAACUGCGAGAAGCCCAGAAUGAUUUGGAGCAAGUGUUACGUCAGAUUGGAGAUAAGGACCAAAAAAUUCAAAACCUUGAGGCCUUGCUGCAAAAGAGUAAAGAGAACAUCUCCUUGCUAGAAAAGGAAAGAGAGGACCUGUAUGCAAAAAUUCAAGCUGGUGAAGGAGAAACUGCAGUUCUUAACCAGCUGCAAGAAAAAAAUCAUAUGUUGCAAGAACAGGUCACUCAGCUAACAGAAAAGCUGAAGAAUCAGUCAGAAAGUCAUAAGCAAGCCCAAGAGAAUUUGCAUGAGCAGGUGCAGGAGCAGAAAGCACAUCUAAGAGCUGCUCAAGACCGCGUGCUCUCCCUGGAAACAAACAUUGCUGAACUAAAUAGCCAGCUCAAUGAAAGCAAAGAGAAAGUAUCCCAACUUGAUAUACAGAUAAAAGCAAAGACUGAACUGCUGCUUUCAGCAGAAGCUUCAAAAACUGCUCAGAGAGCAGAUCUUCAGAAUCACUUGGACACUGCCCAGCAUGCACUACAAGACAAACAACAGGAGUUAAAUAAGGUCAGCACUCAGCUGGAUCAGGUUACAGCUAAGCUGAAUGAUAAGCAGGAGUAUUGUACACAGCUGGAAGCUAAUCUUAAAGACUACAAAGAGAAACACUUUCAUUUAGAACAGAAAACUGAAGAACUAGAGGGACAGCUUAAGAAACUUGAAGCCGACAGCCUUGAAGCCAAAGCAAGCAAAGAACAGGCUCUCCAGGAGUUGCAACAGCAGCGGCAGCAGUGUACAGAGUUAGGCCUUAGGACAGCAGAAUUGAGCAAUCAACUCAAAGCAGAAAAAGAAGUGGUGUCUAAUACUAAAUUGGAUCUGCAGAAGAAAUCUGAUGCCCUUGAACAAGCAAAACAGCAUAUUUCAAAGCAAGAGGAAGAAAAAGCAAGCCUUAAAAGGGACCUUGAGAAAUUAAAUCAAGAGACAACCAAACAACUAAAGGAACUAGAUGGCAAUAUGCAAGUAAUGACGUUAGAGCUGCAGCAAACCAAGUCAGAGAAAGAUACUUUGUUAAAAGACCUCACCGUUACCAAAGAUAAACUAUCAAAAACUAAUGAAUCCUUGAAAUAUACAAAAGAUGACUUGGAAAAGGAAAAACAGAAAGGAAAAGCAGCUUUGGCAGAAACGGAAAAAUCAUGCCAAGAUUUAAAACAUCAACUCCAAGUGCAAACAGAAACUGUUGCUAAAGAACGGAAUGAGUUGAAAAAUUCACUUGAAAAACAGGAAGGGAUUUCUAAGCAGUUGACAGUAGAGCUUGAUUCAGUACGAGGGCAAAUAGUGGAAUUUCAGAGUUUUCUGAAAGAGAAAGAAAAGAGCGAACAGAAUCUCCAGGGGAAACUGAGAGAGCUAAAGGAAUCGUUUGAUCAGAAGAAAAGACAAAGUGAAACGUUGCAGGCUGAAUUAAAAGCUGCCCUUUUGGAAAAGGCAGAACUAGAGAACAAACUGCAGCAACAGACAACAUUGUCAGCACAGGAACUUAAAGCAGAGAAAGGAAGAUUAGCAGAAUUGCAGAUGGUCCAUGAAAAACAUCAAGAAAAUAUGGAAAAGCUUCAGUUGGAUCUUUAUGGUAAAGAGUCUGAACUGUUGGCAACAAGGCAAGACCUUAAGUCCAUAGAGGAGAAACUCGCUUUGGCUCAGGAGGAUUUGAUUUCAAGCAGGAAUCAAAUUAGUAGUCAUAAUCAGUUGAUCCAAGAACUUAAGAAAAUGCAGUCUAACCUGGAACAGGAUGUGUCAAAGAAAGAACAGCACCUGGAGGAGCAGAAAAAAAUGUUGCAAGAAAUCCAGAAAGACAAGGUUUUGAAAGAAAAAGAUUUGGCAAACGAAAAAUGUAAAACAACAGAACUCCAGGAAAUAAAAAACAGGCUAGAAAAAGAGACUGCUAGACUGAAUGAAGAGCUUAGAACCUACAAGCAAGAAUUGCAGAAGGAAGUGGCAAAUCUGAAGGAUGCCAAACAACUAUUGAUUCGGCAGAAACUAGAGCUACAAGGCAAAGUAGAUAACAUGAAUUCAGCCCUGGAACAAGAGAAGAAGAACCAGCAAAUUCUAAGAGAUAAGCUGAAGAAGAAAGAGGAAGACCUGAAGAAGGAAUAUGCUGAGCUUGAAGCUAAACUGCAUUCAGAGAUAAAAGAAAAAGAAGAAGAAAACAAAAAACAUGAGGAGGAAAAGGCCAAGCUCGCCAUGCAGUUCACAGCGCUCAAUGAAAACCUGGCCACAAUGAAGAAAGAAUGGCAGAGCAGCCAGAGGAGAGUCAGUGAGCUAGAGAAGCAGACGGAUGACUUGCGUGGGGAGAUAGCAGUAUUAGAAGCAACAGUGCAAAAUAAUCAGGACGAGAGAAGAGCAUUGCUGGAGAGGUGUAUCAAAGGUGAGGGAGAAAUUGAGAAGCUUCAAGCCAAACUUAUGGAAAUGAAGAAAAAGUUGGACAACACAACUGCAGCAAUGCAAGAGCUAGGCCGAGAAAACCAGUCGCUACAGAUCAAACACACGCAAGCCCUGAACAGGAAGUGGGCAGAAGAUAACGAGGUACAGAACUGCAUGGCCUGUGGGAAGGGCUUCUCAGUGACUGUGAGAAGGCAUCACUGUAGACAAUGUGGAAAUAUCUUUUGCGCUGAGUGCUCAGCAAAGAAUGCCUUAACUCCUUCUUCUAAGAAGCCUGUCCGGGUCUGUGAUACUUGUUUCAAUGACUUGCAAGGAUAACUGGUUAUCUCAAAUGACGUGUUACACUAAAAUUAAAAUUUCUGUUGAUGCACUUCGUACAGCACUCAGACUACUAUUCAGUUUGGACAAUGAUUGUAACACUUGGCAAAAUUUAGUAUAUUUUAAAAUGUUUACUGAUACCAAGUAAAACUAUUGUAUUUUUUGUGAGACAUGGGCUCAAAUCAUCCAUAGCUUAUUGCCAUUUACCCUGGAAAAGAGAUUUUAUGUCUAGAUUAGAAAUACCCAGUUACUUGUAAAUAAAGUUUAAACAGAGGAGUAACAAUGUAUUUUUUUAUCUUUAAUUUUUUGUUCAAAAGAAAAAUGUUUAUGUGAUAUUGCAGCUAAUUUUUGUUUCCUUUUGAAAUGAGGAAGUUGCAAAAAUCUGCCAGGACUUUGUGUAUCAAAUAUUGCUGCUUUAAUGGCAUAAUUACAAUUAAAUUGUUGCAUUUAACUGCAUAGCUAAUAUUCUUUAUAACCCACUAGUCAUUUUCUUUAGGACUUCCAUGUUUGCCUCUUUCCAGUUCUACAAUGAGAGCAAAUAACAGAAAUUGCAUGCAACCUCAUUGACCUCUAUAGGGUCUGCCCACAUGCAGCUUAUUGCAAUGUCAGUGCCUAAGUCAUUGCCCAACUGCAGCAUUUGGAUAUGGGGGCAUUUUUACAUGUACUGAAUGGUUCCAGUAUCUCUACAGACAAGGAAAGAACAGGAGAGAAAGUUUGGCUUCUUUCCUAGGAAUAUUAUGUAUCCUCUCUCGUUUUGAUGUAUUUGACCGUCCCAAUUAUUUGCAUCUGAGAGUGUUUAUUUAAAUUAUUUUUUUUUUAGUUCUGUUUUUACCUUGGUCACAAUGGAAGUCCACAGAAAUCCUUGGUUGGUCUUUCUAUCAGCUUUCCUAUGCUAUAUUUCCUACUAACAAGCUUUCUUUUGAGACUCCAGGAGGUUCAUAUGGUCUUGUUCCUUUCAUUGCACUUGAUGGAAGAAGGUGAGACCAGAUUGUCCGUAACAGAGUUGGUCUUUUCUGCUUCAUAUAAACUUGUGGUACUCAAUCAUUUCUUAAGCCUGGGUCUUGCUUGGUACAAUAGUUCCAUUAUUUGGCCUGCUCAUAUUGAUUAAGAAUGCUGCUGUUUUAUUUAUAGAAAGGGCAGUUGGGCUUAAAUAGGAAAAAGGAAUAUCUUGAAAACGUGAAAAAGUAAGUAUUUAUUCUCCCUAGCUGUGACACAGAAGGUUUUAAAGCAUUGCACAUAUACACAUACCCCUUUUUAGUGUGUAGGCAGAAAAAAAGGAAUAAGCGCUUACCUGCAAGUUUGAUUUUUUUUUUUUUUUUUUUUUUUGUCUGAAGAUGGGCACUUGGUGCUUGUGACCCAUUACAAUUGGAUUAUUCCUUCUCAGCUUCCAAGAAUGAAGACUCCUGUUUCCUUUAAGAGUAAAACCUUUCCAGCAUCAUAACAUAGCGCCAGCAGGUGGGGCUGUUCAGAGAAAUUAUGGUUUCUCAAUCUCCUUUGCCCAAGUUAAGAAGGCAAACUGUAAAUUCUAACUAUGAAAGAUCAGCCGUCUCCAGGGAAGCAUUAUUUAUGUCCUGUUUCCUUUCUUUAAACCAAAAAUGAAACCUGGUGGAUAAGAAAGAAACCAAUUUGAGGAAAUUCUGAAAUCCCUAUAUUCCUUUUUUGGGGAUGUGUGUGGGGGGUGGGGUGAAUGGGGAUUUUUUUGGGGUGCAGCCUAGUGGAAGUUAUGGGGUCACCCAAAUAGGGGCAGGGGGGUGUUCGUAAUGCAGUGGCUGCCCAUUUCAGUUGAGAAAAAAAUUAUGGGUAGCCUAGCAAAUUUUUACCUCAUUCCCUUGUAUGUGCCCGGUGCUUCCUCAGCCAUUACAGAUGGGAACUAGCCAAUGGUGAAACCAGUCUCUGAGUGUGUCAGGGAAAUGUAAACAAUGAAAUGGAACCAAAAAACCCUACAACUGGUCAUACUGGGGGACAUAAUAUAUGUGGCUUUUUUUCCUUGUGCUCCUCAUGUGAUAAUUGGUUUUAAUGAAGGAGCGUCAACAUUUUAUCUUAAAGUUGUAUCAGACAAGCACGCCUCUAAAGUGUUAGAGGUAUGCACUAAAAACCAGGUAGGUGCAUGGCAAAAUGACUUGAAUGAUAGGCUGUUGCUCUUACCAGCAACAUGACCAGAUGAAUCCUGUAGGCCUGAUGAAUGAGCUCUCACAAAAGAAGAUCUCUGAAAAAUUUAUAGGCCUGGUUAAAUCCUGAAUUAAUCUGUUGGGAAAUAAUGAUAUGAAUGCUUUGAGCCAUUUCUUAGGUCAUUCAUCCAAUCCUAGUUUUGCAGGAAAUUUUAAUUAAGGUAUAAUUUUCUUUAAACAGAAUCCAAACGUUCCAAAUGCUGCCUUUGUGCAAGGAAAUCCCCUUGUUGUGCAAAGAUAACUAUAUAAAUGGAUAUUUUUGUAGGACAAAAAUGUGGGUCAAGCAUUGCCUCAUUUAGGAAAAAAUUAUUUGUAAGGUUUCCAGAUGGAAAAGGCCAUGAAACUUACUAAAUCUUUUAAUCAAUGUAAUUGUUAGCAGGAACAAGUAAUAGAAAACAUGAAGAAGAUGCUCAUUAAAAAGAAAAGAUUUAGAGAAUACUUGAAGCAUCAAAUUAGUCCAUCUUCUACUAAUCUCUUGUUGGCGUCUCAGCUGGGAGACCACUAUAAGGAACUGGGAGAUGAGGGUGCUGGUGUGGGGACAGGGAGAAACAGGGUGUGGUAAACAGCUGCAGUGGAGAAGGAAUAAGCCACAAGAUUCCUCAGGUUUGGACCUUCAGAAAGCUAGGACUUGGACCCCAUCAUGAACACAUCUAGAAGGAACUCCAUUAUAUCCUUGUUUGUGAGAUCAAGUGAGACUAUGCUCAUUUCAUGAACACUGUGGGAGUACCAUCUCAAAAUCUUUGAGAAGUCCAGUAGAUGGUUUUGAUUUAGAAAUUUUAUUUAAACGUUCAUGCUUUAGAAAAGCUAAACUAACUUUCAGCACACUUCUCUCAUGCUGCAAGUCUGGAAGUUGGAGAGGAACCUGGAAUAGAAGUUUAGGGAAAACUUGGAGGUUCAAAGAUGCAGAAAAGGUAUCUGAGAGACUGGGUCUUUGGUUCACUAUUUUCUAUUUCUGUUACCUGCUUGACAGCCAAAUGGUUUGGUUUCUCAUCUUGUGCGUCCAAUUUGCAUCAGCUUGGUCGGUUGGCCUACAGGAUACCAUUUUAUUUAAAUGUAGGCAUUUAAUCAUUAGAUGCUCUUGGAGCAGAUUUUGCCCUUUGCACUUUUGGAUAGUACAAAGCAUAGCAGAUCCUAAUUUAAAAAUAGAAAAGGCAUGUUAAGUAAGAAACACUAACACUUCCUGUACCAGCUUCAUAGUAGAGCAACCCUUAAGCUAUUGGACUAUCCAGGCUAAGCCUGGUACUGACCUAGGCUGUAUCUGCAUGGUAAACUGGCAGCUGUGCCAUCAAGCAUGUGACAGUGUUUCAUCUGGAUUGCCUCCUAAACUAUAGGCAGUUUAGCUUGGAAGCAGCUAGUUGGCCUGGUCACACAGUGAUACUGAUUAGCUUGCCCAGAGCACUACACAGAUAGGACUGUACAGCUUCCAGUUUAGGCGCCAACAUGGUGUACCCAGGGGCACCAAUAUCAGGUGUGUUAAGACGCAACCUGAGCUGCUUCCGCAACUAUAGCUUUUGCUGUUCCUGUAGUUCAUAUAAUGUGCCUCUUAAGAAAAAAGUGGACUCUUUUUUUUUUUUUUUUUCCACCACCUCUUUGACCUCCCCAGCAUUUACAGACGUAGGGAGCUGUUAACAGGGCAAAAAAGCAGACUUGGGCUUGAGGAUUCAUGCUUGAAGGUCUUUUGCUUCUGUAGCAAUAUCCUGAGAAUUGUAAAACUAUUUCAGUGAAGCUUUAAAGCCCUGAAGCAAAUGGGUGAACUUCUCUUUUAAUGCUGACAUGCAAGUGUGAGAUCCUAAUUGUUUGGAAUAGCCACUGCAGCUGAUAGGUUUGGUGAUAGGAGCAACAGAGUGCUUUCACUAAGGUUGCUUGGAUGGGAGUUGCUGUCAGGCUCUGUCAGAAGGCAAGCUAGACCACUCUGGCACACAUGAAAGGAAACCUAGAAGGAGAAAAGCUUAAUCCCAAUUCUGCCUAUGCAUAUCAGCUAUCUUGGUGGUCUUGCAUUUUACAAGGGAAGUAACUGAAAGUUGUAGUAAAAAGGCACCCUGUUUAGCUCAUACUGACCUAAGGGAAGCCAGACAGGAAACAGAAAGGCUGCUGGCACCCAUUGACAGAUGUGGUUUAGAUCACUGUGCUGCAUCUUGUAAAAAUGAAAUGGAAAACAGUGGUAAAUGGAGAACUGUGCUGUGCUUAAGGAAAGCAGAGGAAUAGGCUAACUGGCACCAGUAAGCUACUUAACUGACUCAUGGAAGAAAAGCAAGUGAAGGGGGUGGGGGGAUAUUGCAGUAGGGAAAAGUGGCAGGCUCAGGCCAUGCUUGACAAACCCACAUGUGAGGGAAAAGAUCAGCUCAUAAGUCACUUUAGCUGCCUUAUUUUAAUGGUAACUGGUAAAUCUGGAGAAUGAAAAAGGUAAGGGGUUCUGCUCUGGGAGAUUUCCCUAACCUACAGAUUUACUGCUUCCUGGAGACAUUUCUGGGUGACAUUUUGCCCUGGUCCACCCCCCCCCCCAAAAAAAAAAAAGAAAAAACCAACCCAAACAAAAAACCAAACACAACAAAACAGCCAGGGGCCUGUGACUUCUUGCUUUCAAAAUGCCAGGAUUGAAUUUUUGCCCCUUGCUGCUAAAGUUGUCUGUGCCACAUAGCUGCUGACUCUGUUUUGGUUUGGAGCACUAAGGAGCCAGGGACCACAUGGUGGAUAUAACGUAAAGCAAGUCCUACCCCAAAUAAGGCUUUCCUACUGUAUUGCUGUACAAGGUGGGGUGGUGGAAGUGGUGCUAUUGUAACGCCGAGCCAUGAACAGGAGCCCUUUAGUCUUAGCUGGAUAAGCAGUGCUGGAAAAUUUUGUCCUUUGAUGCUGGUCUCCUGCAGGCUCCUGUUCUCAAAAAGUCCCCCUCUUACUGGGGACCAGGGCCCAAGGACUAUAGAAGAAAAAUUACAAUGGAAUAAAACUCCUGCCUCAGACUGGAGGGGUCUAGGAGCUGAAGAGGCUUCUAGCAGCGGUUAGACACUGAGGUGUUACAAGUCCUUCCUCUCUAAAUAGCUCCACCUUCUGGCACUACAGUGUUCUGUUUGAAAAGGAACGGGAGUCCUUGAAAGCUAAAGAGUAACCGAGGUGUAAUGGAUCAUGAAGUAAUUGGUGCCCACAAGGGAGAACAGUCUUGUCACUCUGAUUUAGACCCGAGCUCCUUACUGGAAAAUAUCUUUGUACUGAAGCAGGAAAAGACGUGGGGGACGUAAGUGUGAAGGAACCUUGCCAAUAUUUGCAGUACGUUGCCAAAAACAAUUGAUUUUUUUUUUCCAUUUGCUUGUUGGAAAAGAAGUGACCUUCAAGAUUCCCUGGAGAGCAGUAAGGAACUUUGAAAAACUCUAAAAUGUUUGAGUAACUUUAAAAGCAAUAUAGGGGUGAAAGUUUCUUGCAAAAUUGAAAAUGACAUGUGGCAAUAGGAAAAUGCAGGGACUUAAGACCAGAAGAAAGAUAAACUUGUCUGGAGGAGCAAAGUGAAAGCUCUGUAAUGGCUGCAAAGCUUGAAGACAUUGAGAACCGAUCUAGUGAUUAAAUGGAACCCCUCCCAGAAGCCCAGGAGGAUUUUUCUUUUAAUAUAAAAUAAACAAAACAGCAAUUUUGACAGCAUUAAUAUAGUUGUAGAUGGUCAAUAGAGUAAUGUCUUCUUGGCUGGAAUGCUCACUAAAUUAUAUAAGCAAUUCCCUUUGCUAUAAAAGGGGAGCUGCAUCCCUAAUUCCUCAGCAUUCAAGAGAAGAACAUAAUGCCAGAGCACACAGAACAAAAGAAUUCACAUAGGCAUCCAAAGCCAUCUGUAUGGUUAUAGAACUAUCUUGAUCAAUUUUUAUUUUCCAAAUGGAAACUCCUGUUCUUGUCUUCAAUUCCAUAAUACAUUUUUUGAAAUUAACACCUACAUACUGUCUAACCAGAAAUCACUACGUGAUUUGCUUUUUAGAAAUAGCAAUAACAAGGAAGUAAAAUCCCUCUAUAGAAAUUUAUCUUUGUGUCUUUGGGCUAUUCCAAACAAAGUUUGUGUGCGUGCGUGUGUGUGUGUGUGUUGAGACACAAAGUUUAGACCCACCUUUGUAAGAUUUUAAAAUAUUGGGGGAGGAUGAAAGGGGGGAGGAAGAGCAGGGCAUUUGGUAGUAAAUGUAAACUAUUUUUGCCUAUGUCUAAGACAUUGCUCAAAUUUACUAUGCACUCAUUAUAUAGCAGGUAUGUGAGUAUCCUUUCACUGGAUUACAUAGAGUACAUUUCAAGACACUAUAUGGAAAAAAUCUAGUGUUAACUAUUUCGGAACAAUGAUGUUAAACCUCCAGCAAAUCCUUUGCUGCUUUUUCCUACAUCUUCCCACCCUAAAUUAAACAAUUCAGCCUUCAUUGCCUGCAUUUUGGGGAUGGAAAGGGGUGGGGAGAAUGAUUUGUGGAGGGCAUGUUAAUUGUUUAUAUGUCAACAGACCAGAGCUGGCAGGUCCAGAUCUCCUGCUGUUGGCUUUAUUGCAAAGUACUUUGCUGUAUUAAGUUAAAUCCCAACUCCUGGCACCAAAGGGACUUUAAAAGAAUGUCUCACUGGGUUAGCAGAAACCAGAACUUUUUAUAAUCAUGUCUCCCAAAUGCUGCUUGUAUAGAAUUUGUCACUUUUGUAAGAAAAUAAAAACCAACAAAAAAUAUCCAACCCACCACUUGAUGCCAUAUAUGAUUUCAUUUAAACUACCUCUCAGUGUAAAAUCAACCAAUUAGUCCAGUUUAAUAGGGUUUCCGAACUGUAAUGUUAUGUAAAAGUUCUAGUGACUGCCAAAUUUACAAACGUCUGUCACCAAAAAAGUAACGUCUUUUUGUAUGCGUUUAUCCAAUAGAUUCAAACUAUUGUAAACUCGGUUGUAUUCUUUUAAUCUCUGUCUUUUUAGUCUUACAAACUCCAGUUAUUGGGCAGGAAAUAAAUCAUUGCCACAAGCUUUCAUAGUUAUGGUCUGUUGGACUUUCAACAGGUCUCAUAUACAGCUUAAUUGUAUGGCUUGAUGAAUGGUAUUCUGUAAUGGGUGUGCGCCACAAGUUAUAUUGUCUUGUUUGCCUCUCUUCUGAAUUUAAUGAUCAGUUUAUUGUUGCAGAUGUGAAUAUUGGGCAUACAGUUUACUAAUUUUCUGUAUAAUUGUAUAAAAUAGAAUGGGAAAAAUAUUAUGUUCUUACCCAGUAUUUCUAGGUAAUGUAUUAUGGAUAGCCUUAUAAUGCAGUCUUACCUACAGAACACUGCACUUCUUUUAAACUGGAUUAUAUGUUCAUGGUAUGUAUAGGUAGACUUUGCAUGAACAUUCUUUUUCAUCAGAGUUUGAUUCUUUAUGUCCUACUUUCAGUGUGUUGUGUUUACGAUGUGAUCAUGUAGUUGUGCCUUAUUGUGAAAGGGUUUAGUCCAGUAUGCACUGUAAUUCCUAAACUCUGCGAUUGGAAGGUGACUAUAGUUGCAGACAAGAAAAUGACACCAUGCAUCACCUAAUUCUGUAUAAAAUAUGAUGGAUGGCUGUUCAUUGAAAUGUUACUUUUGUUUUCUAAUCUGUUAAAGAAAUGAUAAUAAAAUUACAUCUUUCUGAUA